CUGCCUCGAGCACUUUUGGCUCGUAGGCGCUUAUCCUAUGUUCCUGAAUCUCUUGUGGCAGCAGAGACUGAGGAUAUUGCCUCGGUUGACCGCUUGCUCAAGGCAGUUCGGCAACGCGCUGACCCGGCGUUUCACAAGUGCGUUAUCUUUCAUCUUGUAACGUGAAUAGAUGCUUGACUCGAUGCAUAGUGUUAUGCCGAUGAGGACGCCGGUGUUGUGGUCUGAAGCGCUGUUGAAUUCGACGAUGAAGAGUGUGCCGGGGUCCGAGGGCGCGAUGAAUGCUCAUAGGGAACGUAAGGAAGACGAGCUGGUGCCGAGGAGGAUGCAUGAUUCGUACUCGGAACUCGUUAUUCCGUUUGCGAGCAAUGCGCAGGUACUGGAGCAGUAUAUCAACGCGUCUGGGGGAGUUAGGACGGGCAAGUUGAUGGAAAACCUUGACUCGCUUGCUGGGUCUAUUGCGUAUAAGCAUAUGUUGGGUCCUGAUGUACAAGAAUUGGGAAAGGUCAGCGAGAGAGGGUUUUAUAUUGUCACUGCGUCCGUCGAACGACUCGACAUGCUCGCGCACCUCGACCCGACUCGCGACCUGAGGCUCUGCGGCCAGGUUAUUUAUACAGGCAGAAGCUCCAUGGAGAUUGUAGUCAAGAUGGAGUCGAUUGGUGAUGGCCAGCCUGAUCAGACGGCUAUGAUCGGCAGGUUUUCCAUGGUGUGCAGGAACGCCCAUACCCACAAGGCGAAGAAAGUUCAUCCGUUAACUGUCUCGACCGAUGAGGAGAAGGCUUUGAAUGCCCUCGGCGAACAUAUGAAACAGCGCAGACUCAAAGCUGCUUCUCAGUCACUUGAUACCGUCCCUCCCACCUCGAAAGAAGCGGCAGAGUUGCACUCGUUUUAUUUGUCCCAUGGCUUGGAGGGUCCUUCGUCAGAGACAGGAAAUGGGACUGUUGGUGGUAACACGAUAGGGAACGUGUCGAUCAGGGUGGACGAAGGGAGGAGGGUGUGGAUGGGUGAUACCCAUAUUGAUAAUUGUAUGUUGAUGUUCCCGCAGGAGAGAAAUGUACAUCAGAAAGUAUUUGGAGGGUACUUGAUGCGACUGGCUUAUGAGCUCGGAUUCAGCAAUGCGAGCUUGUUCUGCCGUGGUCCGGUCCGGUUUUUGUCACUGGAUGGGAUCAGUUUUGCGCGUCCUGUGCCUAUUGGCUCCAUUUUGAGGUUGGAGAGUAUGAUUUUGCAUACUGCUGAGGACGAGGCCGAGAGGAGGGUUAAUGUGGUGAGUGGUCUUCUCUAUGUCCUUCUUUUCUGCUUUCUGUUGGGGAUCUCGGGGAGAAAUGUUUUCAGUGUUGGUUUUGGCGGUUGGGAAGCUCGUCAUGGCAUGGCAUGGGAUUUCGUUAGGCUGAGGCUCAACUGUCUAUCAGGCUGUCGAGGCGUUAUCGUUCCUUUUUUCCCUCUCUGCUUCGUUGUUGGCAAUGGUUAUCAUAGAUCGUUUACUGAUUGA